AUGUUACUGAACCCUGUCACCUCCACUCCCUUUUCGGUCAAUGACAUCCUGAGGCUGGAGCGUGAACAGAUCAGCCCGGAGGCUUUGCAACUCCGGGGAGCACGGAGGAGUCCGGAAAGCUCUCAGUACCUGCGACCAGUCCCAGAACAGCGACAGUGCGAGGUUCCCAGCACCAGUAGCGGCGACAACGACAGAAGACAGGAAGGGUCGGAUCCUCCUGGGGGUCCCUGUGAGACAGUCACAGAGAUGGACUCUGAACUGAUGGGCGAGCCACAGCCUGGCCUCAGAGCAGCCUCAUCCCCCGGCGGCGGGGCCCGGGUACCAGAACGUGGCUUGGGUGACAGCGGCGGCGGCGCGCGCGGGGAAGGCUCGGAGCAUCCCAAGGCGCGGCCCCGGCGGAAGCCGCGCGUGCUCUUCUCGCAGGCGCAGGUGCUGGCGCUGGAGCGGCGCUUCAAGCAGCAGCGGUACCUGUCGGCGCCGGAACGCGAGCACCUGGCCAGCGCGCUGCAGCUCACGUCAACGCAGGUCAAGAUCUGGUUCCAGAACCGGCGCUACAAGUGCAAGAGACAGCGCCAGGACAAGUCCCUGGAACUGGCGGGCCAUCCGCUAGCGCCGCGCCGGGUGGCGGUGCCCGUGCUGGUGCGGGAUGGCAAGCCCUGCCUGGGCCCCGGCGCGCCCGCCUUCCCCGGCCCCUAUGGCGCGACCGCGGCUGCCUAUUCCUGUUUCAGCGGCUACGCUGGCGCUGCCUACGGCGCGGGCUACUGCGGCAACUACGCGGGCGCACCCCCGGGCCCCGCGCCCCCAGCACCCCAGGCCGGCUCGGGCUUCGGCGGGGGUGGACCAAGCGCCAACCCGCAGGGCCAUUUGCCCGCCACGCUUCAGGGUGUCAGGGCCUGGUGA